GGGCGCAAGCGCAAGAGUAGUUGCUUGACGUCAGCGUCACUUCUACGAGUCCUUACAGGUGAGAGAUGGCGCGCGGUCAGCAGAAGCUGCAGUCGCAGGCCAAGGCAGCUGAAAAGGCAGCCAAGGUCGCCAAACAGAAAGGCCACAACGCUAAUACCCAGAAGAAGGCUGCACAGCAAGCUCUUGUUUUCUCGUGUGCAGUAUGCAAAGCCCAGAUGCCUGACCCCAAGACUUACAAGCAACAUUUUGAGAAUAAGCAUCCAAAGAAUGACCUACCACCAGAAUUAAAGAAUGAAUGAAAGGCAUUCCAAUCAUCCUGAUAUAAUUUGGAAGGGGGGAAAAAGACUCAACUGUUCUUCUUUUUAUCAUUGUCGGAGAAGGGUAAAUGAAGGUUUUUAAUUAAUCAUCUGCAAAGAAACCCAUGAUAUUAAUAGGCUUCAGAAGCAAGGCACAUGACUGAAUUUAAUAUGUGAUGACUGUAGCUACCUCUGUUUCGGUCAUUGAUAAUGUGUGGAACUUUGGCUUGUUUGGCAUCAGAUUUAAUCAUUUCCAGGAAAUAUGAGGGUACUAGAUUUUACCAAUUUUUCUUACAAUUUUGCUGUUAUAAGAGACAUUAGAUCCUUGUUUAUUUUUCCUUGAAGAAAAAAAACAAUAGUCAAAAUGAUAGUUGGUUUGUGGUUUCUACCAAUGUCUUGCUAUUUGCUUUAUUGAGCUUUGUGGGAUUGGCCAUCUCUUUGCAAACAGUAUUUGAAGCUAUAUUGGUGUCAUUUGUACAUGUAUACCAUUGUGAUGGAGUUUUCUUAAUUCAGAAUUUGCAAUGUCUGGCUCAUGUCCACUUAAUUUGCAGCUUGUAUUUCAUAUUCAUUCUUAUACUGUUUCAGUGAACUAAGGUACAAGUAAUUUAAGUUGUUUUUAUAAAAAGAAAUUAAUAAAGUUUAUUUAAUAAA